AUGGCAUCAGACAAGCCGGAUGUGGCCGAGCCCAAGAUCAAGCGCCUGGCGCAAGCCGCCCACGCGCACAAGAUCGUGCCCCACGUCCCUCGCAUCUACAGAUUCACGGCCACGGCUCUAGGCGCGUCCAUGUGGUUCUUCUUAAUGUACCGUGCCAAGCAAGAUGGUGAUUAA